GCAAGUGGCUAUGGUAUUUGGACAUGUAAUUGUCAGCGCGGGAUCUGAGACUUGCCAAAAAUGAAGCUGGCGACGGGACUGUGGGUCUGGGGGAGCCUUCUGGUGGCAGCCAGGACCGUCCAGCCCAGCGCUUCUCAGUCAGUGUGUGCCGGAACAGAGAACAAACUGAGCUCUCUCUCUGAUCUGGAGCAGCAGUACCGAGCCUUGCGCAAAUACUAUGAAAACUGCGAGGUAGUCAUGGGCAACCUGGAGAUCACCAGCAUAGAGCACAACCGGGACCUCUCCUUCCUGCGGUCUAUCCGAGAAGUCACAGGCUAUGUACUUGUGGCCCUCAACCAGUUUCGUUACCUGCCUCUGGAGAAUUUACGCAUUAUUCGUGGGACAAAACUGUAUGAAGAUCGCUAUGCCUUAGCAAUAUUCUUAAACUACAGGAAAGAUGGCAACUUUGGACUUCAAGAACUGGGAUUAAAGAACCUGACCGAAAUACUAAAUGGUGGAGUCUAUGUAGACCAGAACAAAUUCCUAUGUUAUGCUGAUACUAUACACUGGCAAGAUAUUGUUCGGAAUCCAUGGCCUUCCAACAUGACUCUGGUGUCAACAAUUGGAAGUUCUGGAUGCGGAAGAUGCCAUAAGUCUUGCACUGGUCGAUGCUGGGGACCCACAGAAAAUCACUGCCAGACCUUGACCAGGACUGUGUGUGCUGAACAAUGUGAUGGCAGGUGCUAUGGACCCUACGUCAGUGACUGCUGCCAUCGAGAAUGUGCCGGAGGCUGCUCAGGACCAAAAGACACUGACUGCUUUGCCUGCAUGAACUUCAAUGACAGUGGAGCCUGUGUUACUCAGUGUCCCCAAACGUUCGUCUACAAUCCAACCACCUUUCAACUGGAACACAACUUCAAUGCAAAGUACACAUAUGGAGCAUUCUGUGUUAAGAAAUGUCCACAUAACUUCGUGGUAGAUUCCAGUUCUUGUGUACGAGCCUGCCCUAGUUCCAAGAUGGAAGUCGAAGAAAAUGGAAUUAAAAUGUGUAAGCCUUGCACUGAUAUUUGCCCCAAAGCAUGUGAUGGAAUCGGCACCGGAUCCUUGAUGUCUGCUCAGACUGUGGAUUCCAGUAACAUUGACAAAUUCAUAAACUGCACCAAGAUCAACGGGAAUCUCAUCUUUCUUGUCACUGGCAUUCAUGGUGACCCUUACAAUGCUAUUGACGCCAUAGACCCAGAGAAACUGAAUGUCUUUCGGACAGUCAGAGAAAUAACAGGUUUCCUGAACAUACAAUCUUGGCCCCCAAAUAUGACAGAUUUCAGUGUUUUCUCCAACCUUGUAACCAUUGGAGGAAGAGUCCUCUACAGUGGUCUCUCAUUGCUUAUCCUCAAACAACAAGGUAUCACUUCACUACAGUUCCAGUCUCUGAAGGAAAUCAGUGCGGGCAAUAUCUACAUCACGGACAACAGCAACCUGUGUUAUUACCACACCAUCAACUGGACAACACUGUUCAGCACCGUUAACCAGAGGAUAGUGAUCCGAGACAACAGGAGGGCUGAGAACUGUACUGCUGAAGGGAUGGUGUGUAACCACCUGUGUUCAAAUGAUGGUUGUUGGGGACCUGGGCCAGACCAGUGUCUGUCAUGUCGGCGCUUCAGCAGGGGAAAGAUCUGUAUAGAGUCCUGCAACCUUUAUGAUGGGGAGUUUCGAGAGUUUGAAAACGGCUCCAUCUGUGUUGAGUGUGACUCCCAGUGUGAGAAAAUGGAAGACGGACUCCUCACAUGCCAUGGACCGGGACCUGACAACUGUACAAAGUGUUCUCAUUUUAAAGAUGGUCCUAACUGUGUAGAGAAAUGUCCAGAUGGCCUACAGGGAGCAAACAGUUUCAUAUUUAAGUACGCAGAUCAGGAUCGGGAGUGCCACCCUUGCCAUCCAAACUGCACCCAGGGGUGCAUAGGCUCAAGUAUUGAAGACUGCAUCGGCCUGAUGGAUAGAACUCCACUGAUUGCAGCCGGAGUCAUUGGAGGGCUCUUCAUCCUGGUCAUCAUGGCUCUGACAUUUGCCGUUUAUGUCAGAAGGAAGAGCAUCAAAAAGAAACGCGCUUUGAGAAGAUUCCUGGAGACAGAGCUAGUCGAGCCCUUAACCCCUAGUGGCACAGCACCCAAUCAAGCUCAACUUCGAAUUUUGAAGGAAACAGAGCUAAAGAGGGUAAAAGUCCUUGGCUCGGGAGCAUUUGGAACCGUUUAUAAAGGAAUCUGGGUGCCUGAAGGUGAAACUGUGAAAAUCCCUGUGGCUAUUAAGAUCCUCAAUGAGACAACUGGCCCCAAAGCCAAUGUGGAGUUCAUGGAUGAGGCACUGAUUAUGGCAAGUGUGGAUCACCCACACCUAGUGCGUUUACUGGGUGUGUGUCUGAGCCCCACUAUCCAGUUGGUUACUCAGUUGAUGCCACAUGGCUGCCUACUGGAAUAUGUCCACGAACACAAGGAUAACAUCGGAUCACAGCUGCUGUUGAACUGGUGUGUCCAGAUUGCUAAGGGAAUGAUGUAUCUGGAGGAAAGGCGGCUUGUUCAUCGGGAUCUGGCAGCCCGCAAUGUGUUGGUGAAAUCUCCAAAUCAUGUUAAAAUCACAGACUUUGGACUGGCCCGGCUCUUGGAAGGAGAUGAAAAAGAAUACAAUGCUGACGGUGGCAAGAUGCCAAUUAAAUGGAUGGCUCUGGAAUGUAUACAUUAUAGGAAAUUCACACAUCAAAGCGAUGUUUGGAGCUACGGUGUCACUAUAUGGGAACUGAUGACCUUUGGAGGAAAGCCCUAUGAUGGAAUUCCAACGCGAGAAAUCCCUGACUUAUUAGAGAAGGGAGAGCGUUUGCCUCAACCUCCCAUCUGCACUAUUGACGUUUACAUGGUCAUGGUCAAAUGUUGGAUGAUCGAUGCUGACAGCAGACCUAAAUUCAAAGAACUGGCUGCUGAGUUUUCAAGGAUGGCUAGAGACCCUCAAAGAUACCUAGUAAUUCAGGGGGAUGAUCGCAUGAAGCUUCCCAGUCCAAACGACAGCAAAUUCUUCCAGAAUCUCUUGGAUGAAGAGGAUUUGGAAGAUAUGAUGGACGCUGAGGAAUAUUUGGUCCCCCAGGCUUUCAAUAUCCCACCUCCUAUCUACACAUCCAGAACAAGAAUUGACUCCAAUAGGAGUGAAAUUGGACACAGCCCUCCUCCUGCCUACACCCCCAUGUCGGGAAAUCAGUUUGUGUACCAGGAUGGGGGUUUCGCUACACAACAAGGAAUGCCCAUGCCCUACCGAGCCACAACCAGCACCAUACCAGAGGCUCCAGUCGCCCAGGGUGCAACGGCUGAGAUGUUUGAUGACUCCUGCUGUAAUGGUACCCUGCGAAAGCCAGUGGUACCCCACGUCCAAGAGGACAGUAGCACUCAGAGGUAUAGUGCCGACCCCACAGUGUUCGCCCCAGAACGGAACCCUCGAGCAGAACUGGAUGAAGAAGGCUACAUGACUCCCAUGCAUGACAAGCCAAAACAAGAAUAUCUGAAUCCUGUGGAAGAGAACCCUUUUGUGUCCCGGAGGAAGAAUGGAGACCUUCAAGCUUUAGAUAAUCCAGAGUAUCACAGCGCUUCCAGCGGUCCCCCCAAGGCAGAGGAUGAGUACGUGAAUGAGCCCCUUUAUCUCAACACCUUCACCAACGCCUUGGGAAAUGCAGAGUACAUGAAAAACAGCUUACUGUCUGUGCCAGAGAAAGCCAAGAAAGCAUUUGACAACCCCGACUACUGGAACCACAGCCUGCCACCCCGGAGCACUCUUCAGCACCCAGACUACCUGCAGGAAUACAGCACAAAAUAUUUUUAUAAACAGAAUGGACGGAUCCGCCCUAUUGUGGCAGAGAAUCCUGAGUACCUCUCAGAGUUCUCGCUGAAGCCAGGCACUAUGCUGCCCCCUCCGCCCUACAGACACCGGAAUACUGUGGUGUGAGCUCAGCUAGAGUGUUAGGUGGAGAAACACACACCCGCUCCAUUUCCCUUCUCCCUCCUCUUUCUCUGGCAGUCUUCCUUCUUCUCCCAAGGCCAGUAGUUUUGACACUUCCGAGUGGAAGCCGUAGAGACGCAAUGAUAGUUCCGUGCUUACCUAACUUGAAUAUUAGAAGGAAAGACUGAAAGAGAAAGACAGAGGGGCACACACUGUUUCUUCAUUUCUUCAUAUGGGUUGGUUAACAGAGUGUCUGUCAGAGCUAGAGAAGGUCUAGGAAGUGUAAGGCAAUACCAAUACCGCCUGCUGUCAAAGAGCCCCAUCUUUGUUCUCUUUGCACUCUGCACUCUCUCCCUCCUUCUCUCCCUGUCCCCAUCUCCCUUUAAUCUAUCAAUGCUGGUGAUGAUCGGAAGCCCAGACUCUGUUCUAAUCUGUAGCCAUAGUCUUGUGCAUAUUCAAGCAUCCCUGAAAUCAUUCUAAGGCUUCCAUUAGAACAAAAAGAUAAGCAGUUGGACACCAUUUGAUAGUAACUGAGAUUGAGAAGCCAAUUUCUUUCUCCAAUAGUUUCUUUCUUGGCAAGUAAGAAUGGCCAAUCCAGCUUUUGUGAAUUUUAAAUCUCCAUUAUAGUUAUAACUGGCAAUUAUGCUUGGAAGGCAUCUCUGUGUACUUCUUUUCAAUUUUGGUUUGCUUUGGCCUAUUCCUUUAUAUCAGUUGCUCCCCUUUUGGCUGCAGUUUCUAAUUGUAAAGAGGUUUACAUAAAGGCCUCUUGACAGACUUCAAACAAAAACAUAUGAUACGAUGUAGAGAUUGUUAUUUUAAAUCAUUCAGUCCUUAAAACUAGAAGAGAAAGCCAAGAUAGUAGUAAAAAAUAGUAUCAAAACUAGAUCUCAUGUUUCACACUACUGAGUUUCGUCUUCCCUUUCGUUUUCAUUCUUUACCAUUUUAUUCUUCCCCCAGAAGGCUUGACAAGGCAGUGGGAAUCUUAGGAGUAGAAGGGAUGCUAAGAAACAGGUCUGUGUGGUUCACAAAACUACUGAAACUUUCAGGGUGGUCCCGUGGGGGAUCCAUGCAGUGGGAGAAACACUGGAUUGGGUACGUCUACAUGGAAGGUACUCAGAAAUGUAGUUUGCACUUAAGCUAUAAUUUUAUUUGUUCUUUUUCUGAACACCACUUUGGAUUUUUGAAUGAAGCAAUAUGGAAGCAACCAGCAGAUUAACUAAUUUAAGUACUUCAUUUUAAAAAAAAAAAAGGAUGUAAGAUAAAGACAGACUGUGGAAAUACCAAACCAAGCCAAUUAGGACUUUGGAACAGUACCCAGGGAUUGUGGUGAGAGGGUCAGCACAUUACCUUCAUAUGAUGUGACAUUUGCUGUGUAAGGAAGUAUGUUAAGUUUAUACUCUCUGUGUGAACGGAUGCAAGUUAAGGACUGGCGUGAAUUCCAUAGAGAUUCUGGAAUGACAUUCUGUUUAUAUUGACUAGGUGACUUAACUCUUCACACCUAAGUUGCUAUAAUUAAAAGCAAACCAUCAACAUUUGAAGCCUAUGAAUAGGUCCAUGCUUGAGUUAAAAGUUGUAAAUAAACAUGAAAACCCUUCUCACGCAAUUAUUUUAUUAUCCAGUAUAUUAAUCUUUUAAUAAUUUAUGUAAUGACUCUUUCUUCAUAUACUACCAUACUAUGUCCAGGUUGUAGAUCCCUCUGAUAGGUUUAAUUUUGAAAAAGCACCUAUAGUGUUAAGGUUAGUGAUGGGGACAGUGACAAAUGAAUCUUUAGGAAAUAAGGAAACAAUACAUCUCUCUUUUCUACAAAAUUCUCCUCCAAGUCUUUUAGGUUUUUAAACAUUUCUUUCUACUGUUAAAGUUUUGAGAGAACAUUAGAUUCACUAGCAAAAAAAUAAUCAAUUAGAUUAAAAAUCUUCUCAGUAAAAUAGAGAGUACUUAAGGGAGAAAAUUCUCAAGGGAGUUUACGUUUCUACCUAUUUUGAAAAAGUAAACCCGUGCAUCCAAAUCUAGAAUCAUUCAACUGAUAUUAAAAGUCUACUGAAAGUAUGUGGGGGAUAAGUGAAACCAUCCCUGACUUCAAAUUUUAACAAUCUAGAUUUAUUUGCUGUGACAUUCUUAUUUCUCUAUGAGUCCAAGGAAUCAGAUUGUAUUAGCUAUUUUGUGAAUGGAUACAUGGAACAUUUUGUAAAAGUUUUCAGAAGUCAUUGGGAUAUAUUUUAAACAUCCUUCAAGCUACUGAAGAUGACAAAUAUAAUCGCCUCUGUGUUCUUUCUCAGACACAAACCGGACCACAUGAGCAUUACAUCACUGGCAAACUGAUAUAUCUGGAGUGUUGCCAUAAAAUCAGGGCAAACUCCUGGGAAGUGUUGGGUUUGUUCUCUUCUUCAGGGAAGAGAUGGCAAGCGAACUGAAAGUGAGAGUUGGAAAGAGCAGAGGGGUCUGUGAGAUCCUGUCUAGAGGAAUUUAGCCAUGAAUUUACCAGAUGCAGAAUGAUCCGGGGGGCCACAGCCUGAAAACCCAAAGUUCACCCCAAUUCAGAGGCAUCCACUAAGACAAGGGACCUUAUAUAAGUACCUAUUUCCCUUAAAGUAAGCCUCUGUUAGUAAAUAAAUCUAUACCUAACCAUUACUGUCAGCACCUUGAAAUGCUACAAGGACUUUUUCUUAUCACUUAAAAUAUCCCCGUGGCUUCUAGUGGGAUAAAGAAAGCAAUUAUUUCAUUAGUAAAUGAAAGGAGAUAAUCUCCUAGCUGUUAAUUCAAUGUAAAUGUAGUCAAUGAGGGUUGCCCUUUUCUUCCCUAUAAGCACAGGAUUUGCAGUUCCACUCAUCUUCCCCUAGAUGCAGGUUUGAGGGAGAAUGACCCCAAGUGCCAUUUUUAUCAUUCCUUUGUAUGACUUUUUAAUAUAUACUUGAUUUCAGUUUUUCUGGUAUUUCUUGUUUAUUUAGAUUUGACUACCUAGGCCCUGAAUUCUAGGGGACAUUAUUCAAGUAUGUAUUAAUGGGACAACAAGUAGGAAUCAUGGAGGAUGUACACUCAUUUGCUUAAGAGAACAACAUGUUUAACCCCGUAAAAUGAAACUGUAAAACACCAAUACUAAGCUUGUAGAUUAUGGAAUAGCAGGUCCCAAGACUGGGCAGCACCAAUCAAAAUAUGCAGGAUCUAUUUGUAAAGCAGUAAAAUUAAUGUUAAAUUUGAGCUUCUUAUCUUUUUUAAAUCAUCAAAUUGUAACGAUCAAGCUUAUCUUGGGAAAUCCUACUUUCAGGGAGGAAAAUUUUUUUAGCCACUUAAAGAAGCCAGUCUUGAGCAGAGAAAAGUUGGGGGAAGUUCAGAGCUACCAAAGUGCUGCUAUUCAAGCAAAGUUGAUAACAAAGCUAUGCCCAGCUGAACUAACUACAUUCGCAGCACAGAUUAGGUAUGGAUCACUCUCUCUAGAAGCAUUCUUGAAGAGAUGUGGAAACAAUGCAAAUUGCAAACUAUUAAAAAAAAAGAAAGAUGGAAGACUUACUAAAACAAACAAACAAACAAAAAAAACCAAAAAAUGGAAGACUCACUAAGUAUGAACCUGCUUUUCAUAGGUCACGAAGAAUGUCUGAUAGGCCCUAUCUUGAAAAAGAAAUGGGGGACUUCUAAGUGAGACACUGUCAUGUCCUAUACCUUUGGAGAAUGACACAUAUUGUCAAUGGUGGAGAAAAAAGGAGGGAUAUGAGGCUUCAUGAAUAGAUGAAGUUAGUGGAAUAAGUGGUGGAGUUCCUGAAGGGUCAAAACUAGAAAGAGUAAACAAACGUGUUUAUGCCUGUGCCUGACACAGAAAGUUGUAAAUACAAGAUUCUCUUGAACGGGUUUAACCUUUAUUUAAAAACUGGAAUUUGUUGUCCACCUGUAAGUGUUGAUUAUUUAACUAGUACACGUAGCUCAUAAGGUAAUAAAAAUGGUGACCAUGCAAGCAUGUGUACAAUUGGACACAAUCAUGACAAUGCUCUAAGACAUAGAAUUCACUAGGCUAGCAGAUGUUAAAUGCUUUCAAUAGUAAUGACCAAAUUAAAUUAGAAAAACUAGCAAGGAGCAUAAAAUAACAAUAAAAUUCAGACUUUGAAAACGUAGGAUGGAUUUUGCGUAGUAAAUAAGUUUCCCAUUUAAAUGGUUAUUUGUUGGAGUUAGCAGAUAGCAGGAAUAGUGAUGUUUCACGUGUAAAGACUGGCUUUAUAGUGCUACAGUCGAUUUUUCUCAUGUCCUCUUAGCCCUUCGUUUCAUUUUAAUUCAUUAAGUAUAAAGUGAUGCUGUAUUUGGGGACUCUGGUUUGCAGAUAUCACUUUGAAGGGUUUAACAGGCAAAUAAACCACAGGAGAAUUUAAGAGACCUUUAUAAUGAAUAAUGGAAAUUUUCAAAAAGGGUCUAUUGCCUUUCGCAGUUGCGGAAAAAAAAUGUGUGCUUACCCCAGUGGUUUAGAAAGCAAGCAAAAUAUUUAAUUUGUGAAGUGUCCUUUCUUUUCCUACCAUCUUGCAGAUAUAACCAAUAUGGAACCCAUUUUCACUUUUAUUGUUACUAUUUUUUUGAUAAAUAGAUGCCUAACCAAGAAUUUUAAGCUAUUCUAUUGGUGUUCUUUUGGACUCUAGUUUUUUUUAACUGUUUAUUUGUUAUGGAGCAAAUAGGAAAUCCAAGAGCAGAGCUAUGAGCAGUUAAAAAGCCAGACAAACCAAUUUCUACUGCAUGUAUCAUGGGCACAGAAUCCGGUUGUGCCUCUCUGUAUCUGAGGGACAGUCUUAUACUGGUGUAGACACGCAAUGGCAGGCUGUCAUCCCCUGCUGACCAUUGGUUCAUGACCAAAUGAUAUAUGAAUAUAAGUGUGAAUCCGACAUAAUUUUAAAAGAUCUUUGACAGUUCAGACCUUCUCCAUGAUGACUCUAAGAUGAGGCCAGCAUUUACAUUUUCUGGUUGGACACCUUUUUCUAAGCCCAGAGUUGCCUUUGAAGGUGUUCUCUCUCCUGUUAUAAACAUGAAGAUUUGAACAUUGUAUCAGGCCAGGUGCCCUUGUGUUUGUGUAUAUAAAUCCAUCCAACACAAGACACUGCUUUGCUUCUCCACUAAAUGAAACUUGAUAAAAUGUUAAGACUUUCCGACUCUCUCUGUUCAAGUCCCACUCACUUAAUCAGGAGACAAAAGUGUGUGGUGUGUCUCACCUCACUCCUGGCCGAGAGAUGGUUUAGGCACAGAAAAAUGCUUCUAGUGCCACAGGCUGUAAAGACUAUAUAAGCCCCAAUGUUAAGGGAAGAUAUCCAUGCCUCCCCUGGAAAGAAAUCCCUUGAAAGCCAACUUUGCAAGUAAGUGAUCACCUUGUCAUAAAUAGGACAUUGUGUUUCCCUCGGAACGUUUAGAGGAAAAUAGCAUCUUUACUUUCCCACCCCCAACUCUCACAAUGCCUUUGCCAUGUUUUUUUCUAUCACAAGUUCAAAGUGGCUUUCCUGGGGUACCACUUUCUUAAGCCAUAGUGGAUCUCUGAAGAACCACAUCCUCUUCUGAAACACUGACCCAGCCUUUGCCUCCAAAUGCCUGAUGGUUUUUUUUCCAUUAAAAUAUCUAACCACUCUAGAAGGUGUUUAAAUUGCUUCUCAAACAAAAGACAGCACAAAAGAUAUAUAUAUUGUUUAGGGUGUUAAGAUUGUUUUUUCGUGACAAUUGAUUCUAUCACUGUGGGCUUCUCUAUAGGAUUUUAAGAUUAGUUAGCUCUGUAAUGAAUCUUAAGACUCUCAUUGUAUGUACAUACACUUCUAGAUCUUACAUUAAUCUUUCCAUGAAAACUAUAUAUGUGUAUAUAUAGUUUUUAUGUAUGUAUAUAAAACUAAGUUAUUGCCGCCAACUAACUUAUUUCCUUUGAUCACCUUAUUUUAUUUCUGAUAUAAAUAUUUUACAGCUGCUAGAGUUUUGGGGUUUUUUUUUCCAAAUGAAGAGUUUUAUUAUCACGAAGGUAAAGGCAAUUCACCUGUGCGAACCUCCUGUGACUCUUGUUGGAACAUCCAUCUAUCUAACAAAUUUAUAAUAAGCACCGUUUCACUGUAAUGAAAGUCUGUGUUGACUGACAGAACUCUAUCUACUCUUUCUCUACUUUAGGAGGAAUUUUUCCUUUUAAUACUUUAGUGUGUCUUCCCCUUGUCACUAAAAGUGUUUAUAUUUGUAUAGAUAAACAAGUACAAGAAAACGAGCUUUUGCAUCUGUAGGCAAUAGUCGAAUUUGUCCAAACCACUUUGUCUUUACUGCUACUUUUAUCCCUGAUAUGUUGAUGUUUUCCCCGGGCCUGUUACCUUUUUGAAGAAAAGCAAACCACACUCCCUCUCUAUUGACAGAAAUCCGAUGUUCAAGUAUCAUUUCCAGUGUUUUUCGGUUAAUGGAGGGGUUGCGUCAUUUUCCUUAAUGUAAGAGUCAUCUCCCUGUAUAGUUCUUGAUCUCUCAGGGGCUGGGAGUGGGGAGUGAGGGAACAGCUACCAUAGAACUCUAAGAACCAAGAACCCUUAUGGAAUUACUCCGGAAUCAGCUAUGAAAGUUAUUUUCUAACUGUAGAUAUAUGUAAGCCGUUCUUUUUAAGUAAGGUACUUUGAAAUAUGUAGCAUAAACUGGUACUGCUGUUAAAUGGGUCGACUAUUAAACUGAGCAGCUGUGCAAGGGGCAGUUAACUUUGAAUGCACACCUUCCUGGCUAGCUUGUAUCCAUCUCAUCACCUGAGCACCAUGGCCUUCAUUGCUGCACACCAAGAGUGUUUCUCCACAUGCUCUGGCUGCUUGAUCAUCUCUCUCUCAGUAUCAUUAGAACAAGAUCAAAUGUAAAUGGUAUUAAUGCGCAAGAUAAUUCAUGGCACACGCUAAACUAGGUCACAUUAAAUUUUUCAAAACUUCAUCUCGUGCACGCACCACAGUAGUUAACUAAGAUCAGUUUGGGUGACAAAGGGAGGCAAUUUGCAGAAGAGGCAGAGUUAUGUCUGUUCCCUAAUUUUCUUGACAUGUAAACAGAAAACCAGCUCUCUUUCCUCUGAAGAAUCAUCAAAGGACAGGGCUGUUAAAAAAAAAAAAAAACACAACUUGCUGGUAAGCCAUCAGUGUUUCAUUUAAAUCCCAGCAUUCAAAGUUAGCUGCCUUUUUUGAAACAAACAAACAAAAACUACUACUGUAUGUUUGAAAAUGUGAAUAGUAUUUUUAUAGCUUGUUAAAGACAUGGCUAGCUGCAUUUGUAAAUAGGGAUAAUGUUGCUUUGAUUUUCUUUGAUGAGCAUCUUUAUUUGGAACAUAAUUGUCUUUAGGGUUGAUUUGUAUAUAAGUAAUUGGCUUGUGAUUGUUUCUCUUUUGGUUAGAAGUUAUCGUUUUGACAUUACCUGUGAUUCUGUGUUCAGCACUAUUGUGAUGUGUCCAACCUCUGCACUCGCUUACACAAUAGGAUAUGCCAAUUGUGUGUGGUGAAAUGUUAUUUUCAUUUUUUUCUAUUUUAUCUAUGAAGGAUUAUGCACUUAACACAUACUAACUUUUUUAAUGUUAGGUCUAUUUUUAGUAUAAUUUCCCGAUUCUUCUCCAACCCUUCAGCUUCUUUUCCCUCCUUUCCCUAUUUUCUGUUGUUAUAGAGGAUGAGGGAGAAAAUGUAUUUUAAAUGGAUGUAAUUAGGCUUUUUGAGGUAGUUCUCAAGGAUCCUCUUUUGACUCUUGGGAAAGAAUUGUGCGUGCACAAGGCAAAUAUAGAAUGCGAGCUGCUUUGCCUCAUUCCGUACUGAUCAUCCCAAAUGAACAAUUUGAAAACUGUUCUGCCUUUUUGUUACAUGAAUCUGUCAGAAAUAUAUUUUUAAUUUAAUAUAAACGAAAUUCAAUAAAAUAUGAAACAAA